AUGUCUGAAUCUCUACUGACUGGACCAACUCCCCUGGAUAUCAUGUAUGCUCUGACUCCAAAAUCAGCUUACGAUGUAUUCAAUCUCGAACGAUUGGAAACACUCGGAGAUUCAUUUCUGAAGUACAUCAUCUCAGCUUAUCUUUUUCAACGUUAUCCGUACUAUACUGAAGGUAGACUGACUGUUUUCAAAGGACAAAUCGUCAGUAAUCAUCUAUUCUACUGCGGUGAGAAAAUAUUACUUCCAGGUAGAUUGUCGAUAGAUGAUUUUAGUGCCAAGAGUAGCUUUCUAUCGCCCUGUUUUCAUGUGCCCAAAGAAAUCAAAAAAAUGAUUAAAAAUGAGAAUAGUUCACCGAAUGUUCUCUAUGAACUUCCCCUGAAUUUGGAGGAACGAAAAACGGGGAAUUGUCAGAUGAAACCAGAGCCAUUUCCAAUGAGAAAAUAUCUUCCUGGUCACAGAUAG